AUGGCAUCAGGAAGUCCAGACAGCGCCCUCAAAGUCUUCUGGCCGACCUCUGGUUUAACCAGAGGGCAAGGCGAGUCGGUCGGAUGGCGUAUAGGAGACGACGUGUGUGUUGUAGCGGCUGUACACAGCUGGGAACGACAAGAACCAAAUAACGACGAUAAGGCCUGGCCCGGGUUGCAUGACUUGGGAGUGCUCGGGACAGCAGAAUCAAGAUCGAACAAAGUUAGCGACGUCCAAGGGAGACUUACGCUUUAUCUUGAUGGUGACAAGAAGCCUAUAUCAUCUUCACAGUCUGUGUCUCUCAUACUGUAUGACGUGCCCAACAUUUCCUCUUUGCGUUACUUCAACCCCGGGUCCUCCGCGACAGUGACCCAUGGUUCCAUAGACGAUACCCACUCUGGUGAUAUCAUCAAGGACGUGGACUGGAAGCACGUCGUCACAAAGAUCAACGUAUCGUAUAAGGCCCAACAACAUUUGAUCUCACAGCCAGGGACGUCGAAAGAGCCUGUGCUGCUAAGGAAGACACAGCUCGACAGACCCGGUACUUCUGACGCUCAUACCACCGCCAGCCUUCUAUCUUCCUCAUUCCUUGGACUGCCUCCACUACGCAGCCUGUCAGCUUUAUUGGGUCAGAUUUGUGUACGCUGGGACCAGCUUGUGCGAGUACCAGAUCGGUAUCUGAGGGCCCGUCAGGUUGGAGACGUGAAAGAGCGGGCGGAGACGUAUAACUUGUUCUGGGGUACUAUCUGGCUUGUCUUGAACGACUUGAUACUGGGCUACCUUGCUCGCCAUGCCAUCCUCCACUAUGGUCCGAAUGUCCUUUUACAUCUGCAAAACACCUAUAAACGGCAUCUGGUGGACACUCCGAUCCAAACUCUUCAAUGGCUAAACAGCUGGCCAGUCGGUCUAAAGCUCAAUACUCCCCUAAGCCAAUUCUUCUGCGUGUUCUUCCAAGGCGUCAUCCGUCAUUGGUCUGAAUUCACGAUGCCCUAUCUAACCCGCCUUGCCCCAUCCCUUCCCCAAAUCCUCGCCCUCUCCUCGUUCACUGGCCUCUCCACAUCCCUCGCCCUCCUGUCUGAUCUUACGUCGCUACUCGCUCUUCACCUAACUCUGAGCUGGAAGGUGAUGCAGUGGGUGUGCAGGUGGCAGGCGUCUUCGUUGUAUGGGCUUUGGAAUUUGUUCCGCGGUAAGAGAUGGAAUGUUCUCCGACUGCGGACAGAUUCAUAUGAAUACGACAUCGACCAGCUCUUCCUAGGCACACUCCUCUUCACCGUCUCGGCCUUUCUCUUUCCCACCGUCCUCAGUUACACCGCGUUGCUCUUCCUCAUGAGAGUAGCAUGUUUGGCGGUGAACGGUGUGCUGAGAGGGGGUCAGACGUUGUUACUUCGAGCGCCGUUGUUCGAGAUGAUGCUCAGGCUCAAGGAUCCUGCUCGAUUGCCUGGCGGCAUCAAACUGGAGAAAGUGUCGCCGAAGGGUGGUGCUCGCGCUGAGGGCCAAGACCGGGCUGGGGUGGCAAUAGAGGAGGUGUUUGUCCUGACUAGCACACCAAAGUCUUUCUGGGACAUUGCAGGGCAAGCUAUCGGAUGGUGA